CUUUAAAAAGUGCCCCCGCCUCCUCCGCAGGGACCCGGUGCCGCGCCCUGGGGGCGGCCGGGGGGCUCUGAAACCCACCGCCCGGCGCUGCGAGCGGGAGUCUACGCGGACCCCAGCCCGGGCCUCGCGCCCCGACGCCCCGCCCCGCGCGCCGAUUGGUCCGGGAGCGCGAGUCCGGCGUCGCGCGGGGAAGACCCGGGAAAGCGGAGUUUCCCCGAGGAAUGGGCCGCGGCGCCACUGCGCAUGCCUGUGCCGUGACCCCGGCUUGAGGUGACGGCCGCUGCCGAGGCGGGGGCGCCAGCUCGGAGGCGGAGGGACUCGCUGCGCUCAGACCCCGGAGAGGGAGGGUCCCGCUGCGCACACAGCCCGGCCGGCGCCGGCCAGAAGCCAGGGAGCCCUCAGUGACCACAGAUUCUCUGGACAGCUUCACAGCCCCGUCCCCGCCCAGCUGAGGCAGUGGAGCACCAGCUCAAGCACAAGGACAGAGCCCCUGGACUGCCAGGUUGCUUGCCAGGAAUCAGGAGGAGAAAUCCGUGUCCUGGAGCUUGAGUGCGGCCUGGGGGACAGGCCGUCGGUCCCACAAUGCCCCUGCCUGAGCCCAGCGAGCAGGAGGGCGAGAGUGUGACGGCUGGCCAGGAGCCGUCCCCACAGGCCCCUGAGCCGGGCACAGAUGUCGUCCCUUCAGCUCCCAGGAAGCCCAAUCCCAGGAAGUUCUCCAAACUGGUCCUGCUGACAGCGUCCAAAGACAGUGACAAAGUGGCCGCUGCCAAGCGCAAGGGAGUGCACUGCAUCAUGUCCCUGGGGGUGCCCGGCCCCACCACCCUGGCCAAGGCCCUCCUCAAGAUCCAUCCCGAGGCCCAGCGUGCCAUCGAGGCAGCCCCCCCGGAGCCUGAGCAGAAACGCAGGAAGCUGGACACAGGUAGCUGGGCAGGACAAGGGACCCCUCCGCACUGAUGGAAACAGUGAAGGAAAAGAAGACGGAAGGUUGGCAGAGGGGCCAGCUCCCAGUCCCACAGUGGGCGGGGAGGAGUCCUCUGUGGGGCCCAGCGAGGCUCCGUAACCCUGACGACUGCAGGCACGGCGUCCUUGAUGGCUCAGUGAACUUGGCUGUGACUUCUUCUGCCUGGGGCCCAGUCCCCAAUGAUUUUCACUCACAACAUUGUGUAAUGUUUUUCAGCUCAAGCUCAAGUUACUUUUGUAAGCAGAACAAAAGAUUAAAAUAAAAUAAAAUAAAUGCUAAAUCCUAUCAUGAA